CCAGGUUCGGUGGAAGGAAGAAGUUUGCAAAGAAGUUUGUUGAUCAAUUUGCAACACCCAUUGCGCUGCGUGCUGCGUGUGAUUCCAGCGAAAGAAGAAUUCCAAUGUGCUAGCGCCGUUGCCCGAAAGUUGUUGCUUGCGUUCCGAUUGUUUUCUGUCCGUCCGGCGGCUUACGGCAGCACCGGACAAUUGCCCCGCCCGAGGUGGAGUACGGGAAGCGCGCACGAGAACGAAAUACGCGCCCAGUCUAUGCUAGGUGCGACGACGAUCCCACACACGGACGCAGCGGGCGGAUGCUUGCUGUCUCGCACUAAAAACAAAACAACCUAGCAACAGCAACAACGGCCACGGUAAACGCGGUGGUACCAGCAGGUGUACGGGAAGCAAGCAAAAUGGACAAUUGCCACAACUAUGCCACAACAUCGAAAAAGAAACGAAUCCCCAUCUCGGACGAUAUACACAUCAUUAUCAAAAAGUUUCGCGACAAGGACAAGCACGACGAGAAGCCUUCCACUUCAGGUGACCAUGACUACGACGAUGAUCAUAGUAUGGAUUCGGAGGAGUUGCGGCGCGUUCGGCACCAGGAACCGUCCUCCUCCUCCUCCUCCACGCUGGUAGGCAUUGCGUCGAACAGUAACAGCAACAGUACAACCUGCCCCAGCGGCAGCUCGUUACAGACGGUCGGGCUGGGCAGUAACCACGCGGUGCAGGUGCAGCUGCAGCCCCAGCAACACAUCAUCUCGCUGGCCCAGUCCCACACCGGGCUGGUGGCGAGCAGUAGUGCAAACCUAGCAUGCCAAAGUAGCAGCAACCAGUCGGAGGACAUCAAGCUCAUACUGCGAAAGCUGUCCAACAUCGAGGAGCUGCUGAAGGUGGUCGCCGAACAGAGUCUAAGCCGUCUCACGACGAUAAAGCAGGAAACGGGCGCUACGCUGACGGCGGUCGACACGAACCAAAUCAUUCAGCAGCAUCAUCAUCAGCAGCAGCAGCAACAGCAGCAACAGCAGCAGCAGCAGCAACAGCAGCAACAGCAGCAGCAGCAACAACAGCAACAACAGCAGCAGCAGCAUCAACAGCAGCAACAGCAACAGCAACAGCAGCAACAACACCAUCAGCAACAACAACAGCAGCAGCAGCAGCAACACCUUCAGCAGCAACAGCAAACGGUGGUAGCACCGAGCGCGGAGAUUGAAUCCUGCUUCAAGUUCCCGAUCCGCUCACUGAAAGAGCUGAUCGAGCUGAACAAGAGCAUCUGCGGCGACGAGUCGCUGUACAACAAACUGUUUGAGCAUCUCACCAAAAUAAGACUGGACUGUGACCAAAACAUUGUCAUCAACGCGCUCACAUCGAUCGUCAGCGACGAGGUGCUGGACGCGGUAACGUGGGACACUGGGAAAAAGUUUAAGCUGUCCUCGGUCGUGCUGUUUAGCGAUUCGCUGUACGUCGCAUGGUUUAAGGACAAAAUGAAGUACGACGAGUACGUGACCGAGAUGAAGGAUGCCAUCGAACGGUCGCACAAGCGGCACGCAAAGGUAAAAACGAAACGAAACCAACAGAACAGCAGCCAACCAAUGCAGCAGCCCCCUGCAACCCUGCAACCGAUCAUGCAUUCGCCGUUGGGGACAGCGAACAGUGCCAGCACGACGAUCGCCGCCACCAUCACCACCACCGUCCAGCCCGGCGGGACCGUUGUGAGCUCGAUCGGCUGCGACAACAGUGCCCUAGUGCUCGAAUAGUGAAUCUGGAAGCCCGCUUCUCUCCGUUUCCAAUCCCAACCACCAGUUUCCCCCCUCCCAUUCGUGCGGCCAUCGCGCGGUCACUCUGCACUUGUGUUUUGUGGUUUUUGAUUGCUGUAUUUUGCAGAUCCCCAACCACCCUCACACCCCUGUGAACCACACGUUUGAGGCCUGGUCACCUUAACUGCCGGACCCGGACAGCCCUUAGGCUUGGAAGGAGUGAUUUAAACAAGUAGCGAAAUGAUUUUAGAAGCGCCAGUUGCACAGUCAACACACGGAAGUGCCACCUUCAUAGCUCGAAACACCCAUACGGCUAAUAGAAGGAAAUGCGAAUGCUGCUAGACAGGGGCAUCAGCACAUCAGCAAACAUAUACUGGCAAGCGGCGCUGUAUUAGUUAUAACAUUGUUUUGUUUUGUUUUGGUAGUACUGUUAAAGAACGUUUCUUUGGUGUCGUCGAGCGGAUCGAGGCAGGCGUACAAUGAGGGAACACAACCAGCGGAUGUAUGACAACAGAUUUUUCUUUUUUGUUUUUGUUUCAUCCUUAAGCAUAUUUGGAAUACGAGCAAAGGCAAAGGGUGGAACAUUUUAGGUUUAACAUCGUUUUUUUUUUUUGGAAUAACAAUAAUGCUAUCAAGAAAAGAGAAAAAAGCAAACAAAAAUCCCUACGAAUAAAAACGCAAAGCAAGAAACUCCCGUUGCAUCAGGGAGCCGGGAUAUGUUGGGUUUGAUUCCGGGUUUUUUUUUUGCAGCAGAUAACUCCAGAGCGCUAGUACCUUCAAGCGAAUGACACCAAACGACCCAGGUCGGAAAAUCGGUUGCUAUACAACGGUACCAUACGGUGGAUGUGACAAUCAACGUCCUCGAAUUUCCCUCCAAAGAUAUGAAACUCAGCUUCGAAGCGCGGUUCUGUACGUUACCAGCGACAGUAAGCUGGACGUUUCCUCUAAAACAUCUUCCACUGUCAUCCCGAUCACCACUGUCGGAAGUCUGUUCCCGAUGGCUGCCACCGGAUCCGCCGGAUGUAAGAAUUCUCCUUCGCUCAUGCAUCGUGCUGCUACUGAUAAAUAGCAUGGCGACGUUUGUGUUUCUACUAGCAAGAGAUGUCACUCCGUCAAGCGGGAAACUAUCGCGAUACGUGCACUAUAUUCUCAUCGUUUGGCAGACAAACUGCCUGCUGGCGCAAGGAUACAUUUUCUACCGCAUAUCUACCUAUCAACAUGUGGCGGACCUAGUACACCUGUUGCCGGUGUGUCUUAUUCUCCUUUUUAUGGACACUUGCUGCGCGGUAGCAUUCAGCGGCAGCUUCCGAUCGACACUGAUCCUGCUCCUCCGUAGUACGAUGGUUGUCGCUUUUAACGCUAUCGCUUGGUUUACACUUCUAUUCAGCUUAGCAUGUGCUGUUCAAAGGCAGUAUAUUGAUUGCAGGUUCGUAUCUUAAUUAAAUCGAUCGAACCCAAA